AGCAGCGGCGGCACCGCCGUCGGCGGAGGACGAAGGAGGAGAACGGAGCUGGGCGCCCGGCUCGCCGCUCUUCCUGCCGGGGACGUACACACUCGUUCAUGCACGAGCGCUUUUUUAUUUUUCUUUUUUUACGGCGAUUUUUUCAAUUAUUAUUAUUUUUGCCUUUUUGUUUAUUUUUUCUUUUUUAUUUUUUUCUCCAUUUUUUUGCCUUAUCCCGAGGGGUUUCCUUGUCGCUCGGUACCUCGCAACUGCCAAAUCCAACCUGCACAAACUCCUGGCCACCGACCCCGCCGCCACCACGGGUCCUGGAGCCGGGAUUUUCGGGGCUUCGGGGGCGCGCCGCCUCCCCCCUCCCCCGCGGCGGUGCACGCUGGCCGUGCCCAGCGCUGAGAGACUUUCGGCGGCAGGAGUGCCGCUCUCCUGAAACGCCGCGGGCAGGCGGAACGCGCUUGUGAACUGGACCAGCUGCUUCGGGGAGGGGGGAAACCCGAUGUGGUGAGGAAAAAAAAGCAGACCGACACCCCCCUCCAAAAAAAGACCAACCCAAAAAAGCCCAACACCCCAAGAAAAAAAAAAAAAAAAAAAAGAGCAAACUUGGACGGGCGGCUCGGGGCGCUGCUUUUGCAGAAACUCUUGUCUGACCGCGGGCGGCCCCGCCGCUCCUGCUGCUCCUGCUGCUGCCGCCACCGCUGCCUCGAGGGGGAGAGGACCGCGCCGCCGGGGACGAGGCGCCGGUGUGGAAGUACAAGUGGUGCGGGGAGCGGGGGCGCGGCCGCGGGGGGCUGCGCCGUCCCGGUGCCGCUGUGAGAAGUUGCGCGCCCUGCCCCGCGCCGGAGCGGCGCUGAGCUCCGGAGCGGCGCUGAGCCCCGGCGAGCCCCCCGCCGCCGCCGCCGCGAUGGUGCAGCAGACCAACACGGCGGAGAACACGGAGGCGCUGCUGGCCGCCGAGACCUCCGACUCCGGGGCCGGCAUCGAGCUGGGCAUCGCCUCCUCCCCCACGCCGGGUUCCACCGCCUCCACGGGGGGCAAGGCGGAUGACCCGAGCUGGUGCAAGACACCCAGCGGGCACAUAAAGCGGCCCAUGAACGCCUUCAUGGUAUGGUCACAGAUCGAGCGGCGAAAGAUCAUGGAGCAGUCCCCCGACAUGCACAACGCCGAGAUCUCCAAGCGCCUGGGCAAGCGCUGGAAGCUGCUCAAGGACAGCGACAAGAUCCCCUUCAUCCGGGAGGCGGAGCGGCUGCGCCUCAAGCACAUGGCGGACUAUCCUGACUACAAGUACCGGCCCAGGAAGAAGGUGAAGUCGGGCAACAGCUCCGCCAAGCCCGGCGACAAGGCGGACAAGGGCGGCGGGGGCGGCGCCGGCGGGGGCAGCGCGGGCGGCGGCUCCGGCGGCCCCGCGGCCCCCGCCAAGCCCGCCCCGAAGAAGGGCGGCGGCGGCGGCUCCAAGCCCUCCCCCGCGGGCGGCGCGGGCGCGGGCGGCAAGCCCCACGGCAAGGCGGCGGGGGGCAAGGCCGCCCCGUUCCCCGGGGAGCCCUCGGCCGCGCUGCUGCCGCCCGAGCACCAGGCGCUCUACAAGCCCCGGGGGGCGGCGGGCGCGCCCUCGGGACCCGGCAAGCCGCUCGCCGAGAAGAAGCUGAAGCGGGUCUACAUCUUUGGGAGCGGGCAGGCGGCGGCCGCCUCCGCCUCCCCCGGCGGCGCCGUGCCCGGCAGCCCCACGCUGAGCAGCUCGGCGGAGGCCGGCGACCCCUUGAGCCUCUACGAGGAGGGGGGCGGCGGCGCGGGCCGGCCCGACGGGGACUGCGGCGGCGUCGCCUGCCCCUCGCCCUCCGGCUCCGGCUCGCCCUCGGAUCACCGCAGCUACACCAGCUUGCGCGCCUCCUCUCCGGCCCCCUCGACGGCCCAUUCCUCCUCCGCGUCCUCCCACUCCUCCUCCUCUUCCUCCUCCGGCUCCUCUUCGUCGGACGACGAGUUUGAGGACGACCUCUUGGACCUGAACCCCAGCCCCGGCUUUGAGAGCAUGUCCCUGGGCAGCUUCAGCUCCUCGGUGCUCGACCGGGACCUGGAUUUUAACUUCGAGCCCGGCUCGGGCUCGCACUUUGAGUUCCCGGACUAUUGCACGCCGGAGGUAAGUGAGAUGAUCUCGGGGGACUGGCUGGAGUCCAGCAUUUCCAACCUGGUCUUCACUUACUGAGGCGAGAGCCGGGCCCUGCUGGAGGAGGCACCGGCGCGCGUGGCUGUCGGCAGGACUCGCCCACCCCGCCGGGCGCUUUUGUGUCUUUUUCUGUUUUGUUUGGUGUUUGUGUUUUGGGAUUUAUUUUUUUUUUUUUUUUGAGGGGAGGGGAAGGAGGUGUUUUGUUUUUUUCUGGGAAGGGGCUGUUGAAAGACUGCUUCUUGAGCUUGGGGAAGGAGCGGGAUCGCCCUCUCCUUGCGGAAAGGCCGGCAGUCCCCUUCCUCCGGCUGCAGACGGACCCGCACACGCCCCCUCCGAGAGAGGAGCCUGACGGUGCUUUUUGAGAGACUGGCGGGAGCGAGACGCUGUCCUUUUCCCUUUUUUUAUUUCCUGAAAAGAGAGACAGAGGAAGGGGGAGGGAGGGGAAACCACACACCUCUGGGUUCUUUGUUAUUGCCCAUUUUAUACGAAUAAAGAGGAGGGGGAGCGAUGCGUUGUGCUGAGCGCGCACUGGAUGUCUUGGGCAUUCGCCCUUCCCAAUGAAAGAGCGAACAGAACUGCUUGGGGAAAAAAAAAAACCAACAAAAAAAGAACAGAAAAUCCACCCAAAUCCUUUGCAAGGUUCACGUUUGUGGGGAGGAAUCCUGUCCCGGUUUCUUCUGCGGUGAGAAGAGGCAACAAUGCUGGGAGAAGGAGGAGGAGGAGGUGGAUGGAGCUGGACUGAGAUCCUAGUUUAAGCGGAGAAGAGCCAGACUUACACUUGAGAGCUGUCUUGGAAAUACGGUGGGGUAAAUAAUAAUAAACUGAAAUGGAUUUGCACGUACAGAUAAGGUGGCGGCAGCGCUUUUCUCAGUCACCUCAUGUAAUAUGUAGAGAGAAAAAUAAGGCUGAAACUUCAAGAACACUGAAAACUUCUUUUGAAACAGAGACCGAAUGGGAACAGUUUCUGUCAUGAUGUGGUACAGGGGAAGCUGAGGGCGAUGGCUUUUGCAAAAAAAAAAAAGAAAAAAAAAACAAACCUGAAAAUACAAAAAAAAGUAGUUUUUUUCUUCUUACUCAGAAUCGUGAUGGUGUUGGAUUAUUUCACUGGUGGGGUUUAAUAUAGCAUGUUAUACUGUCUAUCUUUUCAAGAUUUCUGUAAGACUGUUGAACAGUUUGAAAAAAACAAAACUAGUGUUAGGAUAAUAUCAAAGCAGAUAGAUGGCGCUAUGUUUGAUUCCUACAAAAAUAUCACCAGCUUUUUUUCAUUCUUAACUCUUUAAAGGAUUCAAACGCAACUCAAAUCUGUCAAAUCUGUGCUGGACUUUAAAAAAAUGAAAAUUCAGGACCAAAUUUUUUCUCAGAGUAUGUAUGUGUUUGUUCCUUAUAGCUGUAAAUGAAAAGACUGUUUUUUCUCACCGAUGCUCCAUCCUCGUAUUGUUUUUUGUUUUUUUUUCCUUGUAAAUGUAAUCGGAUGCCAUUUUAUAAGUGGACGUAUUUAUACUGGCCAAACAUUUUUGACUUUGUAUUUCUUUGUCCUUUUUUGGUAGUUCUCGUUGUUACCCGCACCAUUUUUAUGUCUCCUUCACGGAAGGGCUAGAGUUUUAACUUUUAAUUUUUUAUAUUUAAAUGUAGACUUUUGACACUUUUAAAAACAAAAA